AUGCUGCAGAAUGGAAACGGAAAGGAACGACCGGAGAAACCGAUCCAAGCGCCGAUGGCUGAGGCGGAGCCGGACUCCCCGGGGAACGAGCCCGAUCCCCCGCAGCAGGAGGUGUCCGCCGCUGGCAGGACGGAGCCGGGCACCGAGGCCCCUCACUUCCCCAUGCCCGGGCAGCCCAAGCUGGAGAUAAAGCGUUACGCAGUGACGGACGAUUAUAAGAUCUCCACUCAGGUCCUGGGUUUGGGGAUCAAUGGCAAAGUGCUGGAGUGCUUCAACAAGAAGACAGGACAGAAGUGCGCCCUGAAGAUUCUGUACGACAGCCCCAAAGCCAGACGAGAGGUGGAGCUUCACUGGCGAGUGUCCGGAGGGCCGUACAUUGUCCGCAUCCUCAACCUGUACGAAAACAUGCAUCAUGGGAAAAAAUGUCUGCUCAUCGUCAUGGAGUGUAUGGAGGGAGGAGAGCUGUUCAGCCGAAUCCAGGCCAGAGGAGACCAGGCCUUCACGGAGAAAGAGGCAUCUGAGAUCAUGCGGGACAUGAGCACGGCCAUCCAGUUUCUGCACGACUUAAACAUCGCACACAGAGACAUAAAGCCAGAGAACCUGCUGUACACAACUAAAGAGAAAAACACAGUCCUCAAACUGACAGACUUUGGCUUCGCUAAGGAGACCACGCUGCACAAUCCACUCCAGACCCCCUGUUAUACACCCUACUACGUUGCUCCUGAGGUUUUAGGUCCGGAGAAAUAUGACAAGUCAUGUGACAUGUGGUCUCUGGGCGUCAUCAUGUACAUCCUGCUGUGCGGCUUUCCUCCGUUUUACUCCAACACGGGUCAGGCAAUCUCACCGGGGAUGAAGAGGAGGAUCAGAAUGGGCCAGUACGAGUUCCCCAAGCCAGAGUGGGCUGAGGUGUCACAGGAAGCUAAAGAUCUGAUUCACCAGCUCUUGAAAACAGACCCUACUGAGAGAAUGACCAUCGUUCAGUUCAUGAACCACCCCUGGAUCAAUCAGUCGAUGGUGGUCCCCUCCACUCCUUUGCACACCACCCGGGUCCUCACUGAAGACAGAGAGAUGUGGGAGGACGUGAAGGAAGAGAUGACCAGUGCUCUAGCGACCAUGCGUGUGGACUACGACCAGGUGAAGAUCAAGGAUCUGGACACGUCGAGCAACCCCCUGCUCAACAAGAGGCGUAAGAAGGCUGCGGCAGGAGGCAAGUCCACUGUCUGCCAAAGUCAGUGA